GCACAACUUACCGUAGACCACAGAGCUGUAGCUGCCCCAAACGAAUGAAGAAAACAUUUGACGUAAAUUACAAAGACUUACGGAGAUUGUUACAUUCUAAGGUGUGUCAGCAGCAGAGGAAGGAACAAUGCUCCAAACAAAGCAAAAGCAACAACAGCACUUGUAUCAGCAAAUGCAGCAGUUUCCCCGCGCACCAUCAGCACCAAUACUGUCGCGAGUGCCAUCCACACGUUCACCGAUGGCUCCUCUGUUGGCCCUGCCUAACCAGCCACCCCGUCUCCAUCCUGAUCAUCAUAUGCAUCCAGGGGCAAGGAUGCCAAACAGACCUGUGGUGGGCCAUCCACCCCUCUCUGUAGUUAGACCAGGCUCUACCAGCACCCAGAGUCUUCUUGGACCCAAACCUAUGAUGCAGCAGCCGGUGGUCAUGCACCAGAUGCCAGGAAUCUCAGGGGGUCCUGGGAAGCGGCUUCCACCACCAUUUUUACCUACAGGAGUUAGACAGUCACUUCUUGGGCCAGCGCCUGUUGGUGCACCAUUGAGGAAUGCACACAUGGGUUUUGUGCCUGGACGCCAGCUUAAUUUGUACUGUCCACCUUAUAAGAAUAAGGGCGCUGUGCUCACUCCUCAGAGGAUGAGGGAGAAUGGACAAAAACCAGCAGGGAAAAGUAAUGGACAAAUGACCAAAAGCAAAGCAGAUAUAAUACCUGCACAAGUGGAAAAAAAACUGGAAGUGUCCAUUAAAGAUGGUCAGGCCUCAUCGAAUGACCAGACAGAACCUCUUGCUAAAAAGCAGAAGAAUCAGAGAGCUGAUGAAGAGUCUGAAAGUGGAGAUGCAGAGUGCAGGACUGCAGACACAGAUUCAUCUGUGCUUCUAGAACAAGAAGAAGAGGAAAUCCAUUCUGCAGAAGCAGAGGAAGAUCUGGAGCAGGGCAGGACAGCAGAGGUUCAGGGUGUAGGAACAUCUCUGAAAGUGACCAUUCAACGCAGCAGUGACAGCCGAGCCUUCAGCACUGGACUGGAGGAGAGUCCAGCAGCUGCAGGUCAGAGCACGGACAAAGAGAAGAGCGAGUCUGCAGGCAAAUUCUGCUGCAAAAUCUGCAAUGUCACUUGUCCUGAUCAACAGGACUUUCAGAUUCACAUGAUCAGUCUGGAUCACCAGAUGAGGAUGAUGGAGAUUCAGCAUCUGAGUAACACUUGUCUGGCCACACUGCUACCCCAAAUGCAGCAGUCCCUACAGGGCACACUUAGAGAUAAAAAGCAGGUGCUGCAGCGCUGGUGUGCCAUCUGCCAGUGCCACUUUACUGGGGAUCUUAUUGAACACAGAAGAACAAAGAAGCACAAGAUGGCGAAGGUCUCCUCACGGCCAUUUUGCACAGUUUGUGAACGCCACUUCAGAACUCCACGCAAAUUUGUGGAGCAUAUGAAAUCCCCAGAGCACAAACAGCGGGUUGAGGAGCUAAGAGAAGAGGGAGGACCUGAAGUCAUGGAAGAACUCAUAACAGUGGAUGCCAUUGGCUGCUUUGAAGGUGAAGAUGACUAUGAAGAAGAAGGAAGUGAAGAUGAGGAGGAAGACACAGUGACUCAACAGGUCCUUCCAGAGGAGGUUAAUGAUUGCAAUGACUAUGAUCCAGACACCCAGUACGGCACUAGUUUUGUAGUGCCAGUAGCAGGCUUCCUUUGUAAGCUCUGCCACAAGUUCUACCACUUUGAGUCCAAAGCUCGGGAGGCACACUGCAAGUCUCUCAUGCACUACCAGAACUUACAGAAGUAUAAGGCCAUGCUGAACCUGCCUCAGGAAGAUGAGGAAAGCUUAGCCAGCUCCUUAGGAGAGAGCCCAGAGAACAGCAGAGACUGUGCUGCGGAGAUGGAAGACAAAGGAGAGAAGUCCAAAAGCCAGUCAGAUACUACUCGAAGCCCACAAACCACUGACCACAAACAGAAGCUGUGUGUACAGUAAUACACUGAGUCUCAAACCCAUGUCCUAAGUCCUCAGGCACACAAAACCCAGCUGUAGUUAGGAAGCAUCACAGUUGUAAGGCGACCUCUGAUUCUGGCUCAACCAUAAAAAUGAAGAAUUAGAACAUUACAGCGCAUCUAAAACCUGAGAGUUUGUGUGUUAUGUUGUUAAACUGUAUGUUACUGCUGUAAUUCUGUUGUUGAACAUAAAAAUCUGUACUUAGACUC